AUGGCUGACCAAGCUACCGCCCGUCUUGCCGGCAUCAAUGUCGGCAUCCCGGCGCCGUAUCCCAGUGGUGAUUUCGGCCUCAUCGGUCUGGCCGUCAUGGGUCAGAACCUGAUCCUGAACGCCGCUGACCACGGCUUCACCGUCGUCGCCUACAACCGUACCGUUGCCAAGGUCGACCGCUUCCUCGAAAACGAGGCCAAGGGCAAGUCCAUCAUCGGUGCUCACUCCGUCGCGGACUUGUGCGCCAAGCUGAAGAAGCCUCGCCGCAUCAUGCUGCUGGUCAUGGCUGGUAAGCCCGUCGACGACUUCAUCGAGCAGAUUCUGCCCCACAUUGAGAAGGGAGACAUCAUCAUCGACGGUGGUAACUCCCACUUCCCCGACUCCAACCGCCGUGCCAAGUACCUGGCUGAGAAGGGCAUCCGUUUCGUCGGCACCGGUGUCUCCGGAGGUGAGGAGGGUGCCCGUUACGGUCCCUCUCUGAUGCCCGGUGGUAACGAGGAGGCCUGGCCCUACAUCAAGGAUGUCUUCCAGAGCAUUGCCGCCAAGAGUGACGGUGAGGCAUGCUGUGACUGGGUCGGAGACGAGGGUGCUGGUCACUAUGUCAAGAUGGUCCACAACGGUAUUGAGUACGGUGACAUGCAGCUGAUCUGUGAGGCAUACGACAUCCUGAAGCGUGGCCUCGGUCUGAGCAGCAAGGAGAUGGGUGACGUUUUCGACAAGUGGAACAAGGGUGUCCUGGACUCGUUCUUGAUCGAAAUCACCCGUGAUGUCCUCCGCUACAACGACGACGAUGGCACUCCUCUCGUCGAGAAGAUCCUUGACAAGGCCGGUCAGAAGGGUACCGGAAAGUGGACUGCCAUCAACGCCCUCGACCUGGGAAUGCCCGUCACUCUGAUUGGCGAGGCCGUCUUUUCCCGUUGCCUCAGUUCCCUCAAGGACGAGCGUGGCCGUGCCAGCAAGAUCCUCGAGGGUCCCUCUCCCAAGUUCGAGGGUGACAAGCAGGCCUUCAUCGACGACCUCGAGCAGGCCCUCUAUGCUUCCAAGAUCAUCUCCUAUGCUCAGGGUUUCAUGCUGAUCCAGAACGCUGCCAAGGAGUACGGCUGGAAGCUGAACAAGCCCUCCAUCGCUCUCAUGUGGCGUGGCGGUUGCAUUAUCCGCUCUGUCUUCCUGAAGGACAUCACCAACGCCUACCGCAAGAACCCCGAACUCGAGAACCUGCUGUUCGACGAGUUCUUCACCAAGGCCAUCCACAAUGCCCAGAGCGGCUGGAGAAACGUUGUCAGCAAGGCUGCUCUCUGGGGUAUCCCCGUCCCGGCCUUCGCCACCGCGCUGAGCUUCUACGACGGCUACCGCACCAAGGACCUGCCCGCCAACCUGCUGCAGGCUCAGCGUGACUACUUCGGUGCUCACACCUUCCGUAUCAAGCCCGAGUUUGCCAGCGCGACCUUCCCCGAGGGCAAGGACAUCCACGUCAACUGGACCGGCCGGGGUGGCAACGUGUCUGCCUCGACCUACAUUGCUUAA